AGCACAAAAAUUAUAUAACAAAGAGGCGUAUUCCACAGCGCGAGUUGGCAUUACGUGUGCACAUUCGCUGUGAAUGGCAGCAGAUAGAAGCAGAAAAAUGGCGGCAAUACAGCUUGUAAUUCUGGACUCUACAGUGGUGGCUUUGUGGACUUCAAUAUUCCGCGAUGACAUCCAUAUUUGGUGAGGAUGGGGUUGAUGACCUGUUCAAUGAUAAUAUUGGCAUCGACAACGAUCAAUUACCGAGUGAUGGCGAGGUUGAUGCUGGCGAAAAACUGUUCGGUGACGAUGAGGAUGCUGCAGAUGGGGCUGGCGAAGGUGAACAGGACGGCGUCAAGGUAGAGCCCAAAAAGCGUACGGUGCGAAAUCCACGGCCACGACUCACUGUGGACACACUGCGCGGACCACGAGGUUUGCACACGAUCGAACACUAUUUCAAGGACAUUAAAUACAAGGGCAAGGGGCAUGAAAAGGCCGACUUGGACGAGAUUUUGCGCCGCUUGCAGCACUGGGGCCAUCGUAUGUAUCCAAACUACACGUUUGACGAUGUCCUUAACAACAUCGAACGUUUGGGAAAGAAGAAACCACUGCAGGUACACAUGACACGCUAUCGCCUGAAUCAGUUGGAGGAGUUAUUGGAGCAUGACGGCGAGCUGCAGGACAAUGCCGAUGAUGACGACAAUGAUGGCGCCGCCGAGCCGUUUGAUGAAUUUGAUGCCCUAUUGGGCGAACAAAUUGCUAUGUCAAAACUGGCGCCGCGAACACCGGCAAUCCAGCGUCGCAGCUUGUCCACGACAAGCAGUACACUAGUGACGCCUUCAUUUUCACGCAAUGCUAUUGUAUCCACACCAUAUUCCGUGACGGUGCCCGCGAUAGCUGACGACGACAGCAUCAGCGAUUAUGGAAAACCCUUGCCGCCAUCGCAACCAGCAACGCCGGCAGCAAAAAGUGGUCAAUUGUCCGCCGAGCAAAUGGCGCGCAUUGCAGAUAAUCGCCGCCUGGCACAGGAGCGACUACGCGCCAAGCAAAUGGAGGCCAGUGCAGCUGCAGAAGUUACAUAGUGAAACAAAGAUAUUCUUUAAAAAGAAGACUUAUUUAUUGUAGAUUAAGAAAUAAAUUAAGAUUCGUUUAGAA